AGUUCCGAGCCUUGUGCACUUGUGGGACCCGUCUCAUGAGUGCACGGCGUCUGUUGCGCCUCGAAUUUGGGUUUUGGGGCGUGACACAGUGUGUGGAAUUUGGCUGAAAUGAACAACUGUUUCUAGGAAAAAGGGUCUAAAUAAUUCUUAGCUUUGCAUUCACUGGUGCCAGGUCAAUAACUGAGGUAAAUGGCAUUACCUUUUUAGAAAUGCUGGAAAAAUAAAUUAUUCUUUCACUUGUUAUUGCGAAAUUAAUUUAUUUGAAAUCUAAGUAUUUCUUUUACUAUCUCCUUGUGAGACUUUGGAAUUGAAAAUUUAUUUGAAAUUAAGGUAGCUUGUUUUGCAUAGAAUCGUCGGGAAUCAUUUUAGAUUAUCGUGCCGUAAUAGAUUAUCGAACGGUAAAUCGUGUUAGACUAUCGAACGGUAAACCGUGUUAGACUAUCGAACGGUAAACUGAGUUAGACCAUUGAACAGUUCAUUUUUUUUAUUUAUUUUGUCGUAAUAGAGUAUCAAACGACCAGUUGAUAUUCAUGUGCCACAGCCAUGUGGGAUUGAGAAAUUGUUUUACUGAUGAGUUUCUUUAUAUUUGUUUCAUCCAAUAUAAUUUAAUUACUUAUUUUAUAUUACUUUUUAAUUAAGAUAAUUAUGCUUGGUCAUACUAGUUGGGUAUGCUACUUAUUGGGCAUGUGUAGCUCACAUUGUUUAUUUAAUGUUUUCAGAUACUAAACAUGGAGCAUCUGGGAGGCAGGGGAAUUAGAGAGCCACCUUAGAAAUAGACUAUUUACUUCUUUCCCAUUAUGCUUAGCAUUUGUGGACAUUUGAAAUAAAGAGAUUUUAAUUAGUGCUAGUUAUACUUCAGAUUUUUGGUGUAGAAUUAACUUUAGAUGCUGGAAAGUUGAAUGACCAUAACUCAAUUAUUCCAAUUUUGCUUACCACAUGGCAUUUUCCCAACCAAGUUUUUGGUCUUUAUCGGUGGAAGCUUGGAUAAGCCUCCAGAAGGCUCCCAAAAGCCUCAUUUGGUUUUCCUAUGCCUUCCUCUUCCACCUCCAUCCUUUUCUUCCUCCUUUCUCCAACCAAGGUUAAGGUGCUUUUGUUAGAUCAGUAGAUUGAGGUAGCAGCAUCUCGGUUUAUGAGCUUUUGGCACGGGACUCGCAUGCUCGUUGUAUGUACAAGCUAGGGCCUCGUGUUUUCGAUAGGGAGGCAGAUCGAUGUCUUACCAAAACCAUGACUCAGCUUUUGUUUUUUUUUUUGGAAAGCUUUGGAGAAGAAAUUUGCCUCAUAAAAUUUUUGUGUAAAUUAGCUUUAUGUAUAAAACUUUUAAAUUAAUUGUAAAUGAGUUU